GGUUUUCUUUUUGUUGAUUAAUUCUGUUUCAUUGUAACUCUUUUUUAUUGGCCUUUUGUUUAAGUUUAUUUGAUUUGAUUUUCUCUCUCAUAAUUGGUUAAAGUGGUUUCAUCUAAUUAGAUUGUGAUUAGAGAAAAAAAGAUUCAACAAACAGCCAAGAACAUCAAAUCAUCGUCACCUGAGUAUUUCUUGUUAUUUCCAUUGAGAUUGUUGUUUCUUUGCUUAGAAAAAUUAUCCUCACCUUCCCUGAUCACAUAUAAACAUCCAAUAUGUUGCCCAAUCAUCGAGGACCAGGAACGCCAAAUCAAGUGGUUGGUCCCAGUGGACCAGGUCCAUUAGGUAAUCAGCAACCACCGCCUCCACCUCCUUCAUAUUUUACCGCUGAAGAGAUUAAAUUGGAAUUGUUGAGGAAACAAGGUGUUGUUUAUAGUACAGUUAAUGGUGAACUUUUUCCCGAUUUACCAGAACAGGUUGACAAUUAUCGAGAUUUAUCACCUUUAGAAAAUCCCAUUGCUACCCAAUCGACAACAUUUGGUUAUGUCAACAGUAUUUACCGAGCUGUCAACAUGUGGACUGGUGAAGUUUAUUGUUUAAGAAGAGUCCAUGGUUUCCAACCAAAUACAAAUAAUUUUAAAAGCUUAAGCAACUCAAUUGAUGCUUGGAAAAAAUUGGAUCAUUCAAAUGUUGUUCCUCUUCGACAAAUUUUCACGACCAAAGCAUUCGGAGACAAUUCUCUUAUUUUUGUUUACGACUACUUUCCUGGUGCCCAAACACUGAUGAGCCAAUUUUUUACUUUCCAUCAUCACCAUGGAACAGGUGGUUUAGGUGGACAUCACAAUGGAUUAGUUGGAACUGCUCGCCCAUAUAGUCAACAGCAAUCAUUUAGAGCGAAACUUUUACCCGAACCUCUUAUUUGGACCAUAAUUAUUCAGUUAUCAUCGGCUUUACGCACAAUUCAUGCCAAUGGUCUUGCCUGCCGUGUCUUUGAUCCUACCAAAAUCAUCAUCACCAGUGGUCAAAUGCCAGACAACUCACCUGCCUUGGGCCAAUAUCAUCCAAAUCCUAGGCUACGUUUAAGCUCUUGCGGCAUUUUUGACGUAAUCUCACCCAAUCCGUUCCAAGAGCUCGCUCAAUGUAAUCCAAAAGUUGUUUUACCUCAAUUACAGCAAGAAGAUCUUAUUGCUUUAGGAAAAGUUCUUCUGGCUCUGUCAUGUAAUUCCUUGAAUGCCGUUGAAAGAGAAAAUUGGCCUCAAUCGAUGGAACUAAUCUCCCGUAACUACUCAGCCGACCUGCGAACAUUAAUCCUGUUUUUAUUAACAGUUAAACGUGGAAAUAACAUUAAUGAAAUUAUGCCCAUGAUAGGUGGUAGAUUUUAUGCUCAACUGGACACCGUAUAUUCAAGAUACGACGUAAUCGAAAAUCAAUUGGCCAAAGAAAUUGAUAAUGGUCGACUUUUCCGUCUUUUAUGUAAAUUGGGAACCAUCAACGAAAGACCCGAAUACCGAAUGGACCCACAAUGGUCCGAAACAGGUGAUCGCUACCUUCUUAAACUAUUUAGAGAUUAUCUAUUCCAUCAAAUGUCAGAAGAUGGUCAUCCAUGGAUCGAUAUGGGUCACAUUGUAGCUACUUUGAAUAAGCUUGAUUGUGGAUCUCAGGAAAAGAUUUGUCUUGUUUCCCGUGACGAUCAAAAUGUACUAAUUGUUUCCUUUGCGGAGCUUAAGAAAUGUUGUGAAGUCGCAUUUAACGAGUUACUAUUGUGAUGACAGAACACAAAAACCACGAUCAUCAUCAUCUUUUCAUUAUGAGAAUCCAACAUCUGAACGUAAAAAAAACAAUUAAAAAGCAAAACAAUCAACAAAUCAACAGAUCAACUCAAACUGACCACUUAACACAAUCCAAAAACUGACGAAAGAUAAAACUUUAAGCAAGAUUAGAGAAUAAAAUCAAAAGUACAAAAAUUAAGUAAAUGAAUAUUUUUUGUUCUGAUUCGAUAUGAUA